AUGAAGGCUAUACACAAACCACAAUUCGUAGAAGACGUAGCUACGCUGCGACCGACAGAAGUCCCAACUCCUCAACCGAAAGGCGACCAAUACCUUGUUCGCGUCACGCACUGCAGUCCUCAGCAUGCCGACAUACUCCACGCGAAAGGCAAACACCAGAACAAUACCAAGCGAGGCUGGUGUCAUCCCCCCUUCAACCUCGGCUACGACUUCGCUGGCGUGGUUCAAUCUGUCCCUUCGCUAGGGAGCAAGAGCGGAUCGAAAAAGGGCGAUAGAGUCUUCGGCGCUGGCAUUGGCGCUUUCGCAGAGUAUGUCUGCGUUCCCGAAGGUGCGAUUCGUAGGAUACCAGAGAAGUUGACGUCGGAGACUGCUGUUGCCAUGUCUGGCCAGGCAGUGAGUUACGCUUCGGUCGUGCACAUCACGAAAGUCCAACCUGGUGAGACUGUGCUCGUCAGCGGGGCUAGUGGUGGGCUGGGGAGUGUCUGCUGCAUGGCGGCUAAGGCUGUGGGGGCCAAGGUCAUUGCACUUGCAGGUGAUGAGGAGAAGGCGAAGCAUAUGAGGAGGGAUAUGAACGUGGAUCUCGUGCUUGUGAUGAAGGACGAUUGGAUCCAAAAAGUCAUGGACUUCACGAAAGGCGUGGGUGCGGAAGUGUGCUUGGAUAAUACGGGCAUGGUUAACGACGCGAUCCGAUGUCUGGCGUACUUUGGGCGUAUUUGCAUAUUGGGUUUCGCGGCGCGGAAGGGUGUGAUGGAGGAGGUCAAGAUGAAUAAGCUGCUACUCAAGAGUAUCACUGUUGUCGGGUAUAGAUUUGGUGAGAGUGGGAGAAGAUAUCCCGAAACCCUGGAAGAAAUCUGGCGAGGAUAUUUAUCGAUGCUGGAGACUGGGAAGUUACAGCCUCUCUUGUAUGGCAAGUAUGAAGGCCUUGAGGAUAUCGGCAGGGCUUUGAAGGAUCUGGAAGAUCGCAAGGUAUAUGGCAAGAUUGUUGUCAAGGUUGCUGAUUUACCUGCGGGAAGUAGACUUACCUGA